GAAAUGGCGGAGGCUUCGCCGCAGCCCGGACGGUACUUCUGCCACAGCUGUUCGGCCGAGAUCUCCCCACGGCUGCCGGAUUAUAUCUGCCCAAGGUGUGAGUCUGGUUUUAUUGAAGAGCUUCCGGAAGAGUCCAGAAAUACUGAAAAUAGUUCCAACUCUGCUACAGCUCCCACGGAUCAGAACAGACAACCAUUUGAGAAUGUGGAUCAGCAUUUAUUCACCUUGCCACAGGGCUAUGGCCAGUUUGCCUUUGGGAUUUUUGAUGACAGCUUUGAAUUUCCCACAUUCGGCUCUGGGGUGCAGUCUGAGGACGCCAGGGACUCGGAGAACAGGCGGGAGAGAGAACACCAGUCCCGCCACCGCUAUGGCGCACGGCAGCCACGGGCCCGCCUCACUGCACGGCGCGCUGCAGGCAGGCAUGAAGGCGUCCCAACGUUAGAAGGGAUUAUUCAGCAAUUGGUCAAUGGAAUCAUUGCACCGGCAACAAUACCAAACCUGGGAUUGGGCCCUUGGGGUGUUUUGCAUUCAAAUCCAGUGGACUAUGCGUGGGGUGCUAAUGGCCUGGAUGCGAUCAUUACACAGCUCCUUAAUCAGUUUGAAAACACCGGUCCCCCACCAGCAGACAAAGAGAAAAUACAAGCCCUUCCCACCAUACAAGUCACAGAGGAACACGUAGGUUCAGGGUUAGAAUGUCCCGUAUGCAAAGAUGACUAUACGCUGGGUGAGAAUGUCCGGCAGUUACCUUGCAAUCACUUAUUCCACGACGGCUGCAUAGUCCCUUGGCUGGAACAGCAUGAUACCUGCCCAGUGUGUCGGAAAAGCUUAAGUGGACAGAACACUGCCACAAAUCCCCCGGGACUGACAGGAAUGAAUUUUUCUUCCUCCUCUUCCUCCUCCUCCUCCAGUUCGCCAACUUUGGAAGCACCAAAGGCCUUUAGACCUGUUCCCCCCCUCUCUGCCCGCCAGUCCCCAACUCAUCUGACGGUUCCAGGGAAGCUCUGUCUCUCCUGCCAAUUGAUGGCUACCACUGCGCUGGCUAUAAAGCCCCCAGGUCACAUUAACUGUGUUUCAUCAGUCUGGAUCCUAGCAGGUACCAGGUUGUUUGAAAUGAAGGGUGGAUGUGGCUAGGCCAUCUCUGUGGUUGUGGAUUUGAGAUACUUUUCAUUUUCCCCUUUCUCCCCAACAGCCCCCCUAACCUUU